UCGAAAGCACUUUUAUCACUUUGUACUAGUAUGUUCUGAUAGCAAAAAUAAAUAAAUAAAUAUAUAUAUAUUAAUAAUAAUAAAUCCAGAGCAGUCUUUUAUAAGGAAGGUCUGGAAUCUGCUUGGGUUUUAUUGAAUUGCUUAAGUUAAAUCUAUCACUGAAUAUUUAUUAUAAUAUGGACGUUUUUGACCAAAAUGAUCCAGCGUCGAACACUACCAUCCCUACUGAAAACUGGACAUCUGUUUACUCAGCAGUUCGAUGGAUUCAAAUGAUCAUGGCUGUCCUAAGCAUCUUAGGUGCUGGCUCCAUAAUCAUAUAUGCCACUUCUCAAAGACUAGUUAGAAAACCAGAGGUGCUACCAUUAUUCUUGCUAAGUUUAACAGACCUACUGUUAGCUUUGAGUUGGAUGUGUGGGGGUCUUCUCUUCACCCAGUCCUGUAACUCCUAUGCCACCUGCUAUAACCUCCACAUAGUGGAACAGACACUGUAUAUGGCAUCUUUCUUUUACACGCUACACUAUGUUUGGGUGUUGUACACUGGACUGAACAGGAAGUAUUACAGGAGACUGAAUGGUUUCCCAGCUGAGCAUCCAGCAAAAGCAAGAAAAUGGAGAUGUUUGGUGCCAGUACUGUUAUGUCUUUUACCUUUAGUGCUCAUGGUGCCUGUCUUUGUAGCAGGAAAUGUGUUUCAGUGUUACACAAACUUCACCCAGCCCUACAGAUGUUUGCUGAUGCAUACGGGCGCUGUGUAUCUCACUUCAACUACAACAACAGAAGUCACAGCAUGUAGUGUCAUCCAAAUCUACUGUAUGGCCAUCUUCCUUACCACCUUCUUCCUCACCUUCAUCGGCAUCACGACUCUUAUGUGUAAAGCUCGGUCCCUGUACAAGCGUGUGGUCACGUCUCAAGGUUUUUUUGGUGACCAUCAUUGGGCAACCCUGCGUAUCCUAGAACGACGUAUGCUGCUCUAUCCCUCAGCCUUCUUCUUCUGCUGGAGUCCAGCAAUACUGCUGGCCACUAUAAUGCUGGUGAAACCUGAUGUCAUAGAAGGAAGGAUAGGAGUCAUCCUCUACAUCCUGCAGGCCUUAACCUCUGCAUCUCAGGGUCUGUUGAACUGCCUGGUUUACGGCUGGACGCAACAACACUUUCGAUCUCUCAGCAGUAGUACCUUCCGUGAUGCUAACACGCAGACUCCCCUGUUACGCUCGCAGAAAAAAAACUAUGCUACUUUGCAUUCUGGUGGCUCACUCACUAAUGUUGUCUGACAUAAAAACACAUCGAGAUAAAUCUCUAGCAUACAGUGCCAUGUCAUAAAAACAUUUGUUGCAAGUACACUGUCAAACAAUUCUGAGUUUUUCACAGAUGUCUGGCACAGAUCGGAUCUUGCUGUUUGAGUGUAAACGGCAAAAACACUUGCCAUACAAAUUGGGCCACUUUUAAUUGUGGUUCAAAAUCUGAUACUUAUGAAACAUCUGGUCGUCUAACUCAAGUCAAAACACUCAUAUAUCCGACUCUCCUUUUAAUUCGUGAUUUUUCGUCAUUGUUACACGACAGAAGCUCAGGUAAAGUUACUGAAUGCAUGGGAAUCGCCACCACUGGCAAGUGAGCGUCAAGAGCAAGAGCGAUUAAAAUUAUAUGUAUUUAUUUAGUUUAGCAAUACAUUUUAGAAAUGUAUGCAUCUGCAUAUCAAAUUAUAUAUAACAAAAGAGCGCAAAAGUGCCCGCCAACUUUUUCAGCCAUCUUGGUUCCGGAAGUGUUUUCCCCAUUCAUUUCUUCCUUUGGGAUUUCAAAAAAUUCUUCAUAAAAGAGUUCAAAGCCAUGAACCAAACCAACCAGCUCCUAUAGGUGAAUCACAACAUUACAUACUUUGAUUUGAAGCAAAAAAGUUUUUGAAAAUCAAACAAAAAAAGGUACAAGACUGUGCACUUAACGUCUUUAAUGGGGGAAUGAACUACAAUCCCAUGAAGCAUUGCGAAUGAUGAAAUGAAAGUAAAAACAAUGGAAUAUAUAAAACUUUUGUUUUAAAGUUGAGUGGGCGGUCGCUACAGAGCUCUUUUGGCAUGCUUUGUUGGUCGCGACUCUCUGAUUGGUGAUCUUAUCAGUAGGAUCAUGGGUAGUGUAGUUCUUUAACAGGAAUUUCACUAUUUGCACGAUUUAUUUUUUUCAAAUUAAGUUGAAAUAAAGUGGACUGAUGGCUUCAGCAUAAGCAUACACCAUUGAUUAACAACCUUGGAGCUCACAGUAGGUCUGCCUUUAAAUGUUUAUAAAAAAUAUUAAUUUAUAAAAAUGAAUGGGAUGUUUACUUCUGGAGUAAACAGACGCUCCAAAAGAGGGACGUAACUGCGCUACUCAACUGAACCAGGCAGCGUGCGACAAUGUUAACGUAAACCCUCAAGACAGUGGCGGGAAAAUCACUUACCUUCACAGUUGGUUAUGUCUGUAUGUAAUGGGACAAGACAGAAAAAAACAGAAAUGUGUCAAUAUCUGUGCUGUCCUUCAAGCGUGAAGUAAACAAAACCAUACCCUGCUGAAAAAACAUCUGAAACCAGCCUAAGCUGGUUAGAUUGGUCUGUUGGCUUGUUUUUGAGGGGUUUUGUGCACUUUUCAGCUAGUCUGGCUGGGAGACCAGCUUAAACCAGAUACGAUCAGCAAGGUUUAUUUUUGAUGCCACAGUUGGAACGAUGUGUGCGUCUGUCAUAACAACACCAGAUGGUAGAUAAUGGUGCCUGUAGCACAAAGAGUCUUGGGUUUGUUAGAGAUUUUUGAUGUAGUAGCACCUGGUGUUAGCUGAGCCAAAAGCAAAGUAGAGGAAUCCACCCCAAGAAACUGUUUCAUCAUCCCACUUCUACAAUAUUUGCCAGUUACCAUUUGCAAUGACACAGUCAAGACUCACAACUGUUGAAAUGUAAAAAAGGGAAAGACCAAAGGGGGAGUCCAGCUAGAGGGAAACAGCUCUAAAACAGGAUCUGAGAGCACAAUACUGCUGCUUUCCAGUCAAUUCUUUUUUUUAAUUUUUAAUUUUUUAUUUUUUUAUAAAUAAAUAAAUGUGCUGUACACGCCCACACACAGUUGGGGUAUUCACAGUUAGUACUGUAUUGCAGGUAUAAAUUACCGCUAAAGGGAACCAAAAACAGAAUUUCCUCUUCAUAAACAAUACACUUGUAGUUCACUCACACUGCACUUGAUUUGUCAAGCUAUCUGCAUGUUUAAGUUUGAAUAAAAGUGUACUGAAUAAUAAUACUCUUGUUACAAGACCAUUCAAAGUAGUUAUUUUUGCUUGAAAAUGUGCCUUGAGUAAUUGGAGAAUAAUGCUGAUAUUGUUGGAGAUUGUUUUCUGUUGCAAAAACAGAUGAAUAUGGUGUCAUGCUACACUUAAAAAAAAAAAAAAAACUAUUUUUAGUUUUACGACGGACAAUCGUACAUUUUACUCCAUUACAGAAUGACGUAACUGCAUCUGUUUCUUUUAAACUAAAAAAAAAAUUUGUUUCUGAAUGCAUUUGUGUAAAGUUUACAUACUGUAUGUAUAUCUCGUUAAUCUUGAUACCUUUUGUUAAAAAUGCAAUAAACAUUUCAAUAAAAUUGAAUUAUGUUUGG